AACUUUUCGAUAUGCGCUAACACUCGCAUCCCGCUCAUUCCGCGCUGCUCCAGUAUGCGAUUUCUUCGAUUGAGCCGAACUCUCAGACCAAAGCAUCCCGACGCCGACAACGACUCCCACUCGCUCCGUCCACGCGCCUGAGCAAUUCGCUAUUCGCGGAAACAGGGCCCUCGCAUCCAGUCUUCUACGCUUCAGCCAGGUCGCACGAUACACCCAUGCCUACGCUGCUGGCCCAACUGCCCGUCCGCCGGCUUUGCCCUUCGAUGGGUAGAUCACGACUGGUCUUCCUAGCCUGGUGUCUGUCUCUGCAGGCGAGAUGCAGCGGGCUUGUAUCUGUGCGGUGUCUCUGCCGGGGAACGGGUGACCGGUUUCGGAUUGGAGCUGUGUUUGCCGUGAUGGAGGGAGCUGCAGUGCGAGCCAGUUUCUGGGCUCAUUGUAGCGAUUCAAAGCUCGGUCAUGCUACGGGCAAGGCUCUGUACUGUCAACGGCUUUUUUUCUGCUUCUCGAACAUGGCGGGGAACGGUGGGAGUUUCUUCAGUGCCCCGCUCACUUUUGUCAUUCGCACUCUUUGCUCGUCUGGUGCUGCUGCUCCUGCCUGAGACAUGACGAAUCGAAUCGGCUAGCUCCGGAUGAGACAUGCAGGAGUAGGAGACAGUGAGGAAGCCAAGAUACGACGUGCCAAGCGGAAGUCAAUCCACGCUGUAGCGAGCAUUGAGCACGCACCGGACACUGAAAGCAAGCAUCUUAGACGCC